AUGUUAUGCAUCCGUAUUUGCUCGACUAGCUGCUCAGUAUUUUCGUGGAUCUGAUCGAGAGUGAAGCUCGUCCGUCGCAGCCUCCUGCGAAAUGCUAAUUUGUGCGUAGUUUUUAUUUUUCAUUCAUCUCAUCCAAUUCUAAAUCUAUGAACUGGCCCACAAUUCAUUGGCCCAAUCUUCCUUUCUGUUGUACACCAAUCGGCCUAUCUUCCUUGACAAAAAGUUAUUCUUCGAAGAGAAUUAAGUUUUUCGUUCGUGCGAUUUUAUUUCAUGUGAUCUGUGUGAUACCAAAUAUCCUUCCGGGUAAAAUACAUUUUGACUAACUUGAUACAGUGAAAAACAGCGAGAUUCAUCAGAGUGAAAAGAGUUUUAAGAAGAAAAUUGUUGCUUGUGGAAGUGAAACAAAGAAAAAAACGGAAAGUGCAGUGAAAUUGAAAGAAAACAAAUUCAUUAUGUCAACCACAACAAUAGCUCGAGCCUGUUCACCAAAAUUGAUUUUGGAUAUAAGUAAUCACAAUAUUGCCGCGAACGGCGUAAAUAUUCUAGGUCACAGUGAAAUAGCCAAUCAUUCGUUUCAUGCGCACAAUCUGUAUCAAAGUCAUGGAAAUCUGCAAGCGAUCAAUCACCAUCAUCAUCACCACCACCAUCAACAGGCAUUGCCGCAUCAAUCGGCCCUAUUGCAACAGUCUCAUUUUGCCAAAGAGCAUCUCUUGUUAAAAUUGAAUGCGCCCAACUAUACGAAUGGUUUGAGUGACUUUGGUGCGUUGCAAACGAUAAAAGUGGAGCAGCCGGACUACGAUGUGAAUUAUCGAUCGCCAGCAUCAAGCUGUGGCCGAAGUGUGGUAACACCAACCGAUUCCCAAUCGGACGAAACGCAAUCGAUAAUCGCCGCGCCCAUUCCAAAUGGAUUGUGUAACUUUGAUUCGCAGUUGUCGAUUCAUCCAUCGCGAACUCUAAUCGAGGUGUCAACGGUAUCGAAGCCAAAAGCCAAAGAGUAUGAUAUUUACUAUAUGUCCGAAUCUCCGGCCGAAUUGGCCGCUCUCAAUGGGAACAACAACACCAUAAUGUAUACAUCAGCCACAGAUGAUUAUUCCAUGGGCGUAGCUCAAACCAAUCAAAAUCUGUAUUACAGCACUGUCAACACCAAUGGACAUCAUGAUCAUCAUCAACACCACCACCAGCACCACCACCAGCAGCAGCAACAGCAGCAGCAGCAACAACAACAUCAAAUCGCAAUGACAACGAUUUCACAUCAUUUGUCGCCGAAUUGUAACACUCAAAUGGACAUGCAUUUACAUAGCAAUCGCACAAAUUCCAGUACAAAUCCAUUUUCCGAGCUAAAUGUUAUGCCGCAAACCGGUCAAAUCAAUCUAUUGAAUAACAAUAACAACAAUCUCGAGGUGAACAAUCAAUUUGAUGGCAAAACCAAGAGCGGUAACACGAAAAAACGGAAAAAUAACCGAUCCAAAUUGAAACACGUUGACAAUCAAAUGCCAACGGCAAAAAUUCCCAAAGAAAAUGAAUCAUUCGUACAAAGCACACCGAUCAACAACAACAACAACAAUGCACCGACGACAACAAUGAUCGCCACCGCCACUGCUGUCGAAUCGACGAACAACUCGAUUGGGAAAAUUCGCAAGUACAAAGUGCGCAACCGUAAGAAGCAAAUCAAAGAGACAACAUUCGAUGAUCUUCAGUCACAACGUGUUAUGGCCAAUGUACGCGAACGGCAACGAACCCAAAGUUUGAAUGAGGCAUUUGCAUCAUUGAGAAAAAUCAUUCCAACACUACCAAGUGAUAAGCUCAGCAAAAUCCAAACACUUAAAUUGGCAUCCAGUUACAUUGAUUUCCUGUAUGAAGUGAUAUCUACCAACGAAAUAACAUUUUUAAAGUCCAUGGAAAAUGAAUCGACGGCAUGGCCAUCGCAAGAGGAAUUGAGCCGAUGUUUCAGCGUUUGGCGCAUGGAAGGCGAAUUAAAUACCACGAAAACAUAAAUCAAUUCGCAACUUUUGCACAAUAACGGUAACGAAUUAUCUCUUUUAGAACAUUUCCCAAGAGGUAAUAUCGAAAAUAAAGCGAAUAUUUCUCAAAAAAAAAAAACCACGAGCUCAAUUACACAGUAUUAAACGAAACGAUGGAAGAAGGAAAAAAAAAAGAAUAUUUAGAAGGCAUUAAGCGGAUGACAAUAUGUGAAUAAAUCCAGAUCCAUAUUUGAAUCAUUUAAAUGUAGUUAUUGUUGUUGUUGCUGUUGAGGAAGCUAGAAUUCAAGUGCGCGUUUAAAUUUUCAUUCUAGAUUAAGAGCAUAAUUUAGAUUGAAAAUAAUGUGAAUUAUAUGGAGUUUCGAUGGGUUGCGAUGCGUUGCAAAGCGAAUGAUUUAUCUCUCCUCACACACACACUCUAACUUCCACUGGUUGGAUCAGAUUAAGCGAUCUCUCUAUCUCUCUCUCUCUAUCGAAAAUUGCGCGCGCAUUCAAACACAUCAUCAUUCCGUCUCUCAAUCGCACUCACUCUCCCGCCUCGAUAGAAUCACCAACACAAAACAAACAACACACAAAUUAUUUCGUUUCGACUGUCUUUUUCUUUUUGCUCCGAACGAAAAAAAAAAAGAGAGAAGAAAACACUAAUUCGUUUAAUCAUUACAAUGAUAUACGGUUUGAAAUGAACACAACCGCAACUAUGAUUCCACAAUUUUUAGAAUUAUUUUAGCUUGUACAACAUAUAUUGAAUAGAGAGUAUGGAAAAUGUAUGCUUUAUUUUUGUAUAUAAAUUAAAUGAAAUUGAAAGAA